AUGCUCGACUCAUACCAAUUCAGUGAGGCAGGCGCUUCGCUUGGCUUCAGACUACCCCCUUCCGCGUUCUUCAAGUUGCCCGGCUCUCAACCCAUGAGUCUUGUACCUCCUGCCAACGAGCGAUCUCUCGCACAGCCAUUCCAAAUCCCUCCAAAACUAUACGCACAACUCCUCGAUUAUCGAGUACCUCUCACAAUUGGAAGCAUUUAUGCGACGACCGUCAUUUUGCUUAACCGUGUAAACAAAUCGCGCGGGUACAAGCCUUGGGCUGUUAGCAAGACUAGCUGGUUCAAGAUCUUGGUUAUCCUGCACAAUGUCUUUCUGGCUAUCUACUCUGCCUGGACGUGCGUAGGCAUGUGGAGGGCAUUGCGCCUGUCAAUCCCUCGCUUCAACAACGAAUACGGCGCAGUGGGCGUGAUUGACGGUUUCUGCAGAGUCGCUGGUCCUCGUGGUCUCGGAAACGGCGCAAUCUACAAUUCAACAACCGAUCAAUGGAUAAUGCCCAAUCCUGAAUACAAACUGGGUCCCGAUGGCCUGCCCGAUCCUACCGAUGUUGGACGUCUCUGGAACUCUGGUCUGGCUUACUACGGCUGGAUUUUCUACCUGUCCAAAUUCUACGAGGUCAUUGAUACCGCGAUUAUCCUUGCCAAGGGAAAAAAGAGCUCGACUUUGCAGACUUACCACCACACCGGCGCGAUGAUGUGCAUGUGGGCUGGUAUCCGCUACAUGGGACAACCGAUCUGGAUCUUUGUACUUGUCAACUCUUUCAUCCACUCCCUCAUGUAUAGCUACUACACCCUCACCGCGCUACACAUCCGCGUCCCAAAUGCCAUCAAGCGCUCGCUCACAACCAUGCAAAUCACGCAAUUCAUCUUUGGUACUUUCGCCGCUAGUUCCUACAUGUUUGUGCGAUACUCGAUCCCCGUCACCGUCUCCCGAGCUGUCUCAUGGGAGCAUCUCUCCAAGGCCAUUCCAGCCGCUGCCUCAGCCGCCGAGUCCGGAAUCGCCGCCGCAACCGCUUCAGCGGGUCUUGUGCCAUGGUUGAAGAAACUCGCAUUCCGCGCCGCUGGUGCCGAGGGAAUCGCAGAAAACGUCCUCAACGCUCAGGGACAACAUUUCGGAGCCGACGCCCUCAACGCCGCGCGCCUCUCUCAAGCUAAGCAACAAGCCGAGAACGCUAUUCUCUACGAAAUAAUCGACUGCGUCGACAACAGCGGUCAAGCAUUCGCCAUCUGGUUGAAUGUCAUGUACCUGCUCCCAUUGACCUACCUCUUCGCCCGAUUCUUCGUCAAAUCAUACCUCCGCCGCAAGGAACCCGCGCAACAAAAGGCCGCAACCCAGAUCCAACAGGUCGAAAAGGCUGGUCUGGAUGCCCUGAAGGGAGUAAGCCGCGAAAUCCGCCGUGCAGCUCUAGAGCAGAACGGUGACGGCGAUACCUCCGCCACAGAUGAAGAAACCACAAACGAGAAGAUCCAAAAACUCACUUCGACCGCACAAGAAAAGAUUCAUAACAUGGAAUCCAAGCUUGCAAGUGAGAAGAAGAAGGACGAGUUUGAAGCUGUACCACCUAAACGUCGCGCAAAGCGAGGUGAGGCCGAGAAGAGUGUCACAGCUACCCCACCGGUUAAAGCUAGUAAUACAUUUGAUUUUUGGUUUAAUCUGACUUCCAUAUUGGAAUUGGCCAAUCGUGGUGCAGUCUAG